UUCCGAAACUAUUAACGAAAAAGUUUUACAGUCAGAAAAACAUUCUGAGCUCGUGACUAAAUAUCAAACUUCCAUCCAAAAUUAUUUAAUAACUUGCAAUUAUCAAGAAAUCUUUAGAAUAUAUCAAGAUUUGAUAGGCCAAGGAAUAAAUAUUCAUCCAAUAAUAGUGAUAUAUGUAUUUACUGCAUAUAUUAAAGUUAAUGAUUUAGAAGGUGCAAAAACAUUGUUAAAUAAAUCACGCUUAGGUAAUUUUCAAAUUAGCGAAUUCAUGAAAAUUUCAUUUCGCUAUCUUAAAAAGCCGGAAGAAAUGGAAUCUGCACGUACAAUAUUACAAAAAUAUUUCGUAGAACGCGUUAAUCCAAAUUCUCCACAAUUCAGUGUUCACGUGGCCAGAUUAUUUGACGCUGGAAAAAUUCAACAAGCUCACCUACUUUAUAAUAACAUCAUCUGCGGAGGAAUAGAUCCAAAUGAGCACACAUAUAAUGCAUUCCUGUCUGGUUUCUUAGCGCAUGAUAAAUAUGCUUAUUCUGUUCAAGUAUGGGAUGAUAUGAAGAAAAAAGGUCAUAAACCAACUUCGAUAAUCUAUAGCACCAUGAUUAACGGCUUCGCACGAAAAAAAAAGUACCAUGAUGCUGAAGUUAUAUGGGAACAAAUGAAACGUGAAAAUAUAAAACCUGAUUCUAUCGCUUAUUGUGCAAUGAUAGAUGCGUAUUUUCGAGCAAAAGAUUAUCAAAAAGCUCUAAGAAUAUUUGAACAAAUGCAGCAAGACAACAUUCCAAUGACUGAAAUAGUAUUCAAUAGAAUAAUUAAUGGUUUAUUAUGGAACAAUAGAGUUGAUGAAGCAGUAUCUAUAUAUCGGCAAAUGCAUGCAAUGAACGUACAACCAUGUAUAUCGACAUUUAAUAUUCUUAUUAGAGGUUUAUUAUAUUACAAAAAAUACGAAGCGUUAAUUACAGAUAUUUUAGAUGACAUGAGAGUACAAAAGAUUGCACCUGACGUCGUAACAUUGACAACCCUCAUUGAACGUUAUUUUGCAAAGGGAGACAUAAAAAGCGUUGGUAAAGUCAUUAGUAGUUUUGCUACUUACGGAAUUAAACCUAAUGUAGCCACUUAUGGAGCUUUGAUUAGUGGUCUAAUGCUCACAGGUGACUAUGCGGCUGCAAAAUUAGCAUACGAAGAAAUGCUAUCAGCGAACAUUCAACCAAAUAUACAGGUUUAUGGUUGUAUGCUAAAUGUAUUUUUUAAGCUGAAUAAUUUACAAAAUGUUAAUCAAAUACACCAAAAUGUUAAAAGAGAUGAAAUCAGACCAACAAUUGCAUUUUAUAAUAUUUUAAUUGGAGGUUAUAUAAGAGCCGGUAAUUUUUUACAAGCAAAAAAUUGCUAUCAUGAAAUGAAACAUUUAAAGGUUUAUCCAAAUCAAAGUACUUAUAAAACCUUAUUAAAUGGAUAUAUUAAUAAUAAUGACUUAGAGAGUGCUACUAAUAUAUUACAAGAUAUGUGGGAUGUAAAUUUUGAACCUACUGAUCUGGAUUUCAAACAAAAUUGUGAAUCGCAAGAAAUUGCAACUACUUCGGCUCCAAGAUCUUUGAAUUCUUGA